AUGACGGAGGCCUGGCACCCGAGCGGCCUGGGUGCGGCCACGGAGCCAAAGCCAGAAGACUUCAACAUCGAGGAGGCGCUGGAAGCUUUCCUUGCCGACGUGAGUAGCAAUGAGCUUCGGCUGCCGCCCUUGGAUCCAGAGCAGCGCAAGCAGGCCAAGAAGCUUGCGGAGAAGUAUCCAGAGAUCAAGUGUGAAAGCUACGGCUUCGGGGAGGAACGCAGGCUCCAUCUCUUCAAGACCCCAGCAGCGUUGAAAGCUGGCCUGGCAAAGGAAGGUUGCAGAGAAGGGCAGCGAACGGAGUGUGCUUCGGACCAGUCAACAGCCGUUUCAGGAGCAACUUCGCCCGAAUCUACAGAGGAUGCCUCCGGCGGUGCCUUUGAGGAGAUCGCGGCGUUGCCGUCGAACCUCUACCAGGUGCGGAACACUUUCAUCCACAUCGAGGAGAGGGGCGUGGCGGAUCAGCGCAACAUCCAGUCUAUGCCGCACGGCAUGUUCCGACAGUGCCUGCAGGAGGAAGCCGUGCAAGGCGCACAAGAUCGCGUUGUAGGCACAGAUGCCCCUCCUGCAGAGCCAGCUGUCAAGGCGACACCUCCGAUUCCGGAGGAGGUCGCCAAGGAGUUUGCUCCUGGCACGGAGGUGGUCAUCGAAGGCCUUGCAGAACAUGCGAGGGCUUUGGGUUCUUUGAUGGGGAAGCUCAAGACAUUCGCCGGCGGCACCUUGACCUGCGAGUUCCAAGGACUGCAGAAAUUCCCCGCGUUCAAUGGCCUUCACGGAACCAUUCAGCUGCUAGACAAGGCUACAGGCCGUCGGAAGCUCGGGCGGCUUAGGCCUUCUUGGGCUGUCAGUCUACUGCAAGCCGCGCUUCCCGCAGCAUGCCGCAGCGCGCAAGGCUACAACGUGCAGCUGGCCUCUACAGAUGGGCCGCUCGAUCAGAUCGCCAAGAUCAGAGGGGAGAACCUUCGAAUGCCACUCGGAGGCAUUGAGUUGGGCAGUAGUUGGGCCAAUGAAGACCCGCUCACGUCCCACGAGGUUGGUGGGUUUGGUCUGGCUAGAUCAGCAGCAUGUUUUGCAGCCGUUUUGGCAAUCAUGAAGCGUGGAUGGGCCUUGCUUCUGGAGGGGAAACGAUGA